AGUGAUAAACGCAGAAGAGUUUAAGAUAUUAAUUAUUAGCCUUAAUAAUGUUCAAGUUGGAUGUAAAAUAAGUGUUGUUCUAAUGAAUGUUCAUUUUGUCAUUCUAUCUUUGAACUUUAUUUUCAUCCUCUUAUGUAUAAAACCUUUGAAUGUACAUAGUAAAAUUGUUAUCGUGCUAUCUGCCCUGGAUAUCAUGAUGAAAAUGAUUAAAGGUGAGUGUUUUAAUAUUAUUAAAGAUAAUUAAAUCCAUUAGUUAGAAAUGGAAUUAUGAAAAUAGUUCCCAAAAAUAGAUUCGAAGAGAAAUAACCAAAAACACAGACUAUCAAGUUUCCAAGCAUAUAUUAAUGA